AUGUCUCACUGUGAAAAAGAAAUAAUGAAAUUAAAGUUGGAACUUGAAAGAGGAGAAGUUCUUCAUCAACGUCUGGAGAGUGAAAUGUCAUUUGCUAAAAAACAGGCUCAUAUGCAGAUGUCUUCUGCAGAGAACAAGCUGUGGGAUGCAAAAAGCACAGUUUUGGAACUUCAAGCUGUACUCGAUGGUGAAUACCAACAGAAAGCAGAGGCUGAGAAAAUGGUUGAAAGUGCUCAGAGGCAGUGGGAAGAGGAGCAACAAAGAUUGGCAGUGGAGAGGGAUAACAUCCACAGAGCACACCUUGCUGAACUGGAAUUCCUUUUCAAAGAAAGAACUGAAACAGAAAAGGCUUCUCAGAAAACUAAUGCUGCCCUGCAAAGCAUGCUCAAGAAGUUUAAGGAUAUGGAGGUUGAGCACCAUGGCUGCAGCAAGAUGCUGAGGCUCCAGGCUGACCACCUGUAUUACAAGGAUAAACGGCAGGAGACGCUCAUCAAAGAUCUGGAGGCAGCUACACUGAAAAUAAAGGAACUGGAGGAAAACACGUCAGCAGCAAGACUAGCACAUAUAGAAUGUAAAUACACUAUAGAAACCAUGCAGUUGAGAAUUCAAGAACUUGAAGAUGCUUUGAAUGAAGAGCGCCUCGGGAGAGAAGGUUUUUCAGGGGUAGCAAGGAAAGAUUUCAGAGAGUCAGAAAAUGCACAUGAGAGAGGAAAAAAAGUUUUACGAGGACAACGUUCAUCCUUAAAUGUGCAAUGGAGAGAUGAGGCAGAGGCAAGGAAGAAAGCUGAAGAAUCCUCUAGGACAUUUGUGGAUACUAUAGAGAGCUUCACCGUGGAGGAAGGCUCAAUAAGGGAGAUGUCCGUUCUCCUGAACUUAUACCAGAGCAUGGCAAACGCCCAUGUGCUUGCCAAACAUUCAGACACCCCCCUGGAAGAGUUACCGUGGACAGAGCUUUGUGCACUCUUGUGUGAGAAUGUUGAAGCCCUGAUCCUGAACUUCCACAAGGCUAAGGAGAGGAUAUCUCAGUUAGAAUAUAUUUGCAAGCACAAGACAGACACUGUGAAUGACCUUCAGCAGAAGCAGGAGGAUGCUUUUGAGAAAAUGUCUGAACAGUUAAAAGCACAGGAACAUUGCUGGCAAAAAGAAAAACAAUAUCUUGAACAGCAUUACUCAAAUAUCCUUGCAGAGAUUCAUGCAAGAGCACAGGAAUGUGAAGAAACAGUGCAGAAAAACAGGCAAAAACUGUAUGGUCUUGAACAAAUCCGUGAGAAACUGGCCCACGAAAACUAUUCCAUGACAAACACAUUAUCAAAUGCUUACAAGGCACGCUCAUCCCUGCUGGCAGCCUGUGCACUGCUGUCAGGGGCCCUGUGUCCUCUCUACAGCAGACUGGGUGCUGUGUCUUGCCAAAGAGACAUUCUCCAGGAGCAGGUGAAGCACCACAGAUUAUUGAACCAGAAGAUCAUCAGCCUCCUUUAUGCUCUCCCUACUAAUGUGGGAAACAGCCAAGUCGAAGGCAGGCUGGGGCAGAGAAGAGCCAAGAACCUGGUUUACAUCUUCCGAAGAGCCGUGAUUGCAGUUCUGGCUGCUAACAGGCUGAGGGCUCUGGCCCAAUAUUCUUGCACCUUUUUUGUCUGGACAGAUGGCUCCAGAGGAUGCACUGGAAUUCAAGUUUGUGUGGGAGAAUCCAGAGGCAGGCAUAUGUCACGUUUUGAAGAGGAAGGAGUUGACUGCAUUGAAGCACUUGACUGGUUAACUAGCUCUAACCUCUAUACUGUAAUAAUCAGCUCCAUCUCUGAACUGGAGGAUGUUCUGAGCACACAAGAUGUGCACUCCUGGCUUUCUGGACACUCACUCAUCAGUGCAGCCAGGAACUGCUUUGCAAAACUGAUGGACAGCCUGAGCAUACUGAUGGAGACAGUUCAGGGGAAACCUUGUGGGUGCAGAGCUUACCUGGAGAGGGACUCCCUGAUACAGAGGCUGGCUCGUGGGCUCCACAGAGUAAACGCCCAGGCCCUGGAAGCUGGAUUGUAUGACAGACUGCCCAGCACAAGAAACAUAGCAAUCUUGCAGCAAGAAAUAUUUGAAUUUUCACGAAGGCUUCAUGCAGCAGAAGUAGAGUCCCGCUCACUGCACCUGCAGCUUGCAGAAUGCAGAUGGGCUCUCAGUGAGAUGCAAAAAGAUGCUGAAAAGGCCCACAGUCUGCAGGAGCAAUUAAAUGAACUUCAGCAUAAAUUCAACCAAGACAAUAUACAUGAGGAGUUAGAUUAUGCUUUGCAGCGUGAGCAGCAGGCAAGAUCGCUUUUACAAGAACACCAGCGACGGCUUCAGGAGCUGAGUAAUAGACUGGAAUUGCACUCAUUUGCCAGCCCAGAUAGAAGCCAAGUCGCUGAUGUAUCUCUGCUGAACCUCCCUAAUGCAACGGAGCAGCUGAGGAGCAGAGACCAGGUUCUGUAUCACCAGAAAAGACUCCUGGAAGACACGGAGCAGGACCAGCAGCAGCUUCAGGAGACUCUUGAGGAGGCGGAACCUGCCCUCAAACUGGGAGUAAAAGACAAAGAGUUGCUCAUCAACCAUAUGAAAGCUGUGGAAGACGCCCUGAAUGAGGCCAAAGAGGAGGCCGUGGCAGGAGCUGCAGCAGCCACGCCGCUCCCCAGCCUGCAGCUGAAGACCCUUUCAGAGGAAGCAGUGAGGGGCAAGCCAGAGGCUUUGUCAUUCCAGCACGUGCUUAGACAUUUUAUGGAUCUCUACUCAUUGGCAGCUUCCAAAGUUAAAGCAUUAACAUCAGGAAGAGAAUCUUCACAGAUUCACUUUGAACCCUUAAUUGCUGAGCCUCUUACUCCUGCUGCUGAUGAACCUUUGCAAGUUCACUUUGAACCCAAAACUGGUGAUACACCACCUGCUCCUGCUCCUGUUCCUGCUCCAGAUGAAUCUUUCUGGGGUCGAAUUGGACACCAACUAGCCAGAACACCUCCUGCACAUGCUGGUGCCAGUGAUGACUCUUUUGGACCUCAAUUUGUGCCCAAAGGAGCUGCUGCACCUCCUGCUCCUGCUCCUCAUGAUAUUUUUCGGGUUAGUGUUGCACCCAGAGCGCCCCGUACACCUGCUACUCCUGUUCCUGCUCCUGCUGAUAUUUUUCAGCCUUAUGUUUCACCACAAGCAGCUGGUAGACCUCCAGCUCCUAUUUCUGCUGCUGACGGACGCUGGAGAGUGCCUAUCCACAGAGCCCAUUCUGUAUCUGGAGCCAAUGUACCUGCUGCUGUGGAAGCACGCAGAACCUACAGUGCCUCCGACACCAAUGUACCCUCCAGUGUGACACCAGGCAGAUUCUACAGUGUGUCUGAAACCAACAUACCCUCCAGUGUGAUGCCAGGCAGAACAGGUUUUGGGUCAUCAAUGGACAGAGUCAUCAACCCGAAACCAACCAGAAUCAAUACUGGGUCAUCAGUGGAUGCAUCCUCGCGUAUGAGAGGAAACAGAGCUCUUACCGUGCCUUCAAGCAACGUGUCCUCCAUUAUGACAGGGAAUAGAGCUGGUACUGGGUCUUCAGUCAACAAAUCCUUCAGUUUCAGACCACGCAGAGCCAGUUCUUUGCCUUCAGUCAGAACUUCCAGCCAGGAUGUCUUACUCAGCACCAGAAAAAGUAAUGAAAUUUAA